AUGGUGGACGAAGACGCAGCAGCCUCGUCGUUUGUCUUGGCAGAUCAGCUGCUACGUCUUCAAGAAGAUGACUUGGAUAUUGAUAACGAUGUCCCGAUCGAUACACAGAGCACCGAGGAGCAGUGGUCGUCCGUGACGCACCUUGUCGAUGCCAUGGCCUCGUCGUCGACAGCUGUCGUAGAUGGGCCGACGUUUGGCCUACUGCUCUCUUGCAUUAAGCACGUAUCCACACUCUCUGCCGAUGCAGCGCAGCAUCUUUUGGAUGCUGUGCUAAGUGGCCAAAGCGCUCUGCUCGAUGAACUGGCAGAGACAGAGACAGAGCCAUCGCAAUGGGCACAGUACUUGGAACCGCUGGAACGGUACGCAUUUGCCUUGCAAUGGCUCAUCAUGAAUCUGGAAAAAAGCCGCGAUACGUGGUCAUCUUCCUCUACGUCUGACAAAGCCAAGACCCGUCGUCCCGCUGCGCGGCGUCCAAGUGGCGACGGCGUAUGGACGUGGACGUCCGCGUUGCCUCGCGUCCUUGGCGUAAUGGCCAAGACGCUACGACUUGUAUCGGAUCGCAUAUGGCCAGCGACAUCGAUGCGUGAUACGUAUGUGUCGCGAUGCUAUCUUCGCCCUGUGAUGCUUCUGUUGGAGAACGAAGCGUACGUCAAGGUAGCGCCGAUCAAGACAGGCCUGUUCAAAGUGCUGUGCUUGGCCGUCAAGCAGCAUGGCCAAGCCUUCACGGUCCAAACAAGUAUUAUGCAAGCGCUUCAGUACUAUGAGCACCUUUCGGAGCCUAUGGCCGAGCUUCUCUCGGUCUUGCGCACCGAAUUUGAUGUCGAGCGACUGGGCGAAGAUGUGCUGCGCGACUUGGCCGCAAAGACGUUUACUAGCUUAGAUACCAAGAGUCCUCGGAGUUUCGGCCGCUUCCUCGUGCGCAUGGCCGAACUGAAUCCACGAAGUGUGUUGAAGCAGGUGAGUCUUUUGCAAAAGCAUCUGGACAGCGAAUCGUAUCCUAUGCGCAAUGCCAUGAUCGAAGUGCAGGGACUGCUUAUCAAAGAGCUGUGCCUGAGCGAGGACAUGGACGGGCCGCAGCCGCGUGAUCUUGAGGGCGACGACGAUGACGAGCGCAGCGCGCAGCAGAAGCAAAUCGAUAUGUUCUUUGAGCGGCUCUUUGAGCGGUUCUUGGAUCUGACGACCUUUGUGCGUACGAAGGUCAUCCAAGUCUGUGGUAUGCUGUGUGAACUGCCUGUCAAGUUCCCUACGCAGCGUCUACGUAUGACCACACUGGCCGUACAGUCCCUCGAAGAUAAGAGCAGCAACGUGCGUCGGAAUGCCAUUGGCCUUCUUGUCAAGCUGCUUCUCUCGCAUCCGUACGGCGCGUUGCAUGGCGGUGAGCUGGAUGUAUCGGUCUGGGAAGAGCGGUACCGUGUCGUAGAGGCCGAGUUGGCUCGCGCUGAAGAGGCGCUGACCUUCCCAGAGGUGGAUGUGGACGUGGAGCCUUCCUCGCAGCCAAGAAAGCCACGCAAGUCGGAGCUCGAUGUGGCGGCUCUGGCGGCAUCACAGCAAGCCAUGACGCAGGCGGACCAGGACAAGUUGGUCAAGCUGCGACUGACCAAGCAAUACUAUCGCGAUGCACUUCAGUUCAUGGAGCGGCUUACACAUGCCAUGCCGAUUUUGCAGCAGCUCUUGGCGUCGACCAACAAAGCAGAGGUCCUGGAAAGUAUGGAGUUCUUCCGUGUGGCGUACGAGUACAAGCUGCCUGGUGCCUCGGCGGGUGUUCGUGCGAUGGUGCAUUUGAUCUGGACCAAGGACAAUACCCUUGUGAUGGAAGACGGGAGUCAGCUCAAAGGCAUUCGCAGCCGUCUUAUUGAUGUCUACCGCUCGCUGUACUUUGACACGUACGCGGAUGCUACGCCGGCCGAAAACACCACACGCAUUGCUCGUAACAUGAUUGAACGAACGUUUGGCGCGACCUUGGCCGAGCUCACAAGUAUGGAGCAGCUGUUCAGUGUGAUGCAAGGCGAAGGGUUCGUCGAUGCCGCUGUAAUCGAUAUGCUGUGGGACGUGUACGCUAGUCCACGGCCCAUUUCUCGAGCGCAGAGACGUGGUGCAAUCAUGGUGCUUAGCAUGCUAGCGAAAGCUGAUCGAACGCUCGUCGCAGAGAAGAUUGAUGUGCUGCUUCGUAUGGGUCUCGGGCCACACGGACAACAGGAUUUGGUGCUAGCCCAGUACUCGUGCAUGGCCUUGCAGCGUGUAAGUGGAAGUGCGAAGAAGGUCAAAGGUGCGCUGAGCGACGAAAACGUGCGCUAUCCCAUGCAGCACCCCAUGUUUGUGCGAUUGCGGGCGCUCCUGGAGAUGCCGUCUUCGUCCGUAGCUCGCUCGCCGGUGUGGUUCGCUGUAGCAGAACAUGCCAUUGACGCUAUUUAUCUGCUUGGCGAGCAGCCGGAUGCGCUCUGUACCGAGAUCCUGCGCUCGAUGACACUCGCGGCUGUGACGCCCAGUGGCGAUGCAGCGGACGAGGCUUUCCGUGUGGCACAAUGGCUUUUUGCUUUGGGCCAUAUCGCUCUCAAACAGACCGUGUACUUGGAGCUGGUGGAGCGCGAGUACAAACGACGCAAAGCGGCUGCCAAAGAUGCUACCGCCGCUGCUACCACUACCACGCCCGCCGCUGCCCCUGCGUCCGAUCUCGAUCAGGUGGCUGAGCAGGCGGAAGACGAUAUAGGCGAGGUCAUUGCGCUCAUUCGCGAUCGCGAGCUGUUGUAUGGACCUGAGAGCCUGCUGGCGAUGUACGGGCCUGUGGUUGUGCACAUUUGCACGAACAGCAAGACGUACAGCGACGUAUUUUUACGUCGCGCUGCAGCGCUUACGCUAUGCAAGCUCAUGUGCAUUUCGGCAGAGUUCUGCGAUGCGCAUAUGGCGCUGCUUUUGCAUCUGCUUCGCUCUUCCACGGAUGCAGUGGUUCGUGCGAAUGCUGUGAUUGGUCUGGGCGACAUUGCUGUUUGUUUCGGCACGAUCGUGGAUGAGAACAGUGGGCGAUUGUAUGCGGGGCUGGGCGACUCGGAUCUCGGUGUGAAGAAGAAUACGCUGAUGGUGUUGACGCAUCUCAUUCUCAACGGCAUGAUCAAAGUCAAAGGCCAGCUAGGUGAGCUGGCCAAGUGCUUGGAAGAUACGGAAACGCGGGUGAGCGACCUCGCCAAGCUGUUCUUUAGCGAGCUGGCGACGAAGGAAAAUGCCGUCUACAACAACCUGCCGGACAUUAUCAGUCACCUAUCGAGUGGCGAAAAUGCCGUGGAUGAAGCGACGUUUGUCAACACGAUGCGCUUCAUCUUCACCUUCAUCGAUAAAGAGCGCCAGGCAGAGAAUGUAAUCGAGAAGCUGUGCCAGCGCUUCCGCCUCACCACGGAAGAGCGCCAAUGGCGCGAUAUUGCCUACUGCUUGUCCCUCUUGCCGUACCGAUCGGAGCGGUCCAUUAAGAAGCUCUUGGACGGCGUGCCCCACUACCAAGACAAGCUCUACGUACCCGAAGUGUACCAGCGCUUCCAAGACAUACUCACCAAGAUGCAUCAAGGCAAAGUCGCCGAGGCAGGCGUGCGAGAGUUUGAAGAUGUACUGCAUCAAGCCAAUGCCCAAGCGACGCAGGACUCAGCCACGACAGAGGCCAUGCCCCUCGAUGACGUCCCUGCAGAAGCCACAGCCGAGCGAGCCACGACGCCUGCCCCUGCUGACACACGUCGCCGGCCGACUCGAGCAACGCGGAAACGAGCCUAG